UUUUGGGAAUGGGUUUGGCUUAACUUGACCUGGGUUUCUCGUUCUUAUUUCAACUGAAUUUGAGUUCACAGAAGUAGUUCUUUGGCUCUAUCCACUAACUUAUGCCACCUAUAGACACUAUUUCUGCCUCCAGAGCAAUAAUCUCUGAAAAAACAGACAUCUAAAGUUAUAGCAGAUAAGACUCCAAAUAGCAUAUAUGCUAGCUAGCCAAGUAACGUCACCAGUAACGGUAAAGCUAAACGUUAACGCUGGCGCUGUUGUGUUGUGUAUUGAGUAUUGUGAAAAAGUACAGUAUUUUAUUUUACGUUUUAGGAAUGGUAUUACCUUAACGUGACCCGGUUUUGUUGGCUAUAAAUUGAAAAUAAACUGACGUUUUCUAAGGUGAACAGAACAGCAUGGAUGUUGGUGGAAGCCCCCUCCCUGACUGCAUCAACCCCAAUAACUUUCCUGCCAAACUGUGGCGCUUGGUGAACAACCCGGAGUACAAAGCCAUCGGCUGGGACAGAGACGGCGAGUGUGUCGUCUUCGACCGUUAUCUCUUGGAGAAACAGGUCCUUUCUCUCAGAUCCUCCAGCCCGGACAACGCUGACGCUUUCAAAACGACCAACUUCUCGAGCUUCGUCCGUCAGCUCAACUUAUAUGGCUUCAAGAAAACCGACCCAGUCGUUAAAGAGGAGAACCGUGGGCACGGUGCGGUGUCCCAUCAUUAUUACAACCCGAACUUCAAGAAGAACCACCCCGAGCUUGUUGCGAGUAUGAGGAGACUCACUGCUCACAAUAAAGCCAAGCUACAAGCUGGUGUGGACGUUCCCUGUCGGCCCCGGCGUCAGAGGCUCAGCUGGAGUCGUGCCUGCAUAAAUAAAAGUGGGAAGACAGAAAGCCCUUCACUGCAUCAGGAGUCAGCUCGUCCCCACCAGCCAAAAAAAGCCCAGGCCAUGGCAGCCCACAGUGGGACCCCAGUCCCGCCACGAUACCUGAUAAGGGGUCCUGGUGUUGCACUUUCUCCUGAUGUCUUUGCCAGAGACAAAGGGACGCCAGUACCUUUAAGCCACCACUACGUUGGAGUGGCCUCAAGCUCCAACCCUGUGCACCCUCAGCAGAGUUUACUUGCCCAGACAAACUAUGGAAAUCCCAGUUUCCCCUCUGUUAAUCCCCCUGGUGCCCCAUUUCUGCCUGGCUUCUAUUCUUCAGUUUACCAGUGCUGCCAGUCGAACCUUUUGGCAUCACACCUUGCAAGUAGUGGGAUUCUGAUAGGGCCGUUCUCUACCCAGAGUUAUGACCAGUCAGGAUAUCCUGUGAAUAUUCACAACCAGGAGCCACAGGUCAACGAACAACAAAUUACAACGGCUAUGCAAGGAAACGCCCAUGUUGUCAAAUUCAAACAGCUGGAAGAAUAUGUGCUUUCUGCACCGGAGCGAAUGCCCGAAGACGCCAUAUGCGAGAUGACCACGGACGAUGCAAACAACACCGAGGUGGGUGACAGUCCCAGGGAUACCAGUCAGGCUCAUAACAGCAGCUACACAGGAAGUCAACCAAAUCCAUUGGUACUAUGGAACAUGUAGAGUCAGUUUUAAAUGUAAUGUUUGUAAAUCAUCACUGCAACAAGUUUAAAGACAGUUGGUUGAAUUUCUUGUUUUAGAUCUCAACUUGUUGAUUUGCAUGUGACAGGGAGUCUUGAUUCACUUCAGGGUGUGAUCUUAACCUGCCAACAGAACUUUAUUCUCUAAUUCAAGGAUUCUUAGGUGUGUAGAAUUUAUUUUGUUGCAUAUUCUAAUUUAAGUCUAAUUUAAAAAAAAAAAAAAAAAGGUAAAAUGUUUUACAUUUGAAUGAAUGUUCAGAACAUUAUUCUUUAUUGUUAGUUACUUUGGACGAUAGAAUGAUAUGAGUUAAAAUUAAAUUUUUGUGUUUCUUUAAGAACUAGGCUGACUUGUACCAUUUUAAAGCAAGGUUUUCCUCUACAUUUAAAUGGUAUUAUCUAAAAUGUUUUUACCAACUUGUGAUGUUUUUAAAGAAUUACAUUUUAAACUGUGAUCUUUACACAUUUUCAGCAGUAGGCCUUCCUGAAUUCUGACCCUUCCUAUUUGUAUUUGCACAGUUUUGACUAAGGCUGUUUUAAAUAACAUAACAGGUAAUUUUUGUCAUAGUAUAGUUAACAAACUGAUGUAAUUGGGGGGAUCUUUGUCAUUAAUUGUAUGUAAAUAUAAUUAUUUAUGCUCAGCGAUUGAUUGCUUUGUGGUGGUGACAUUUUCUGACCUUUUAGUUUUCACUGACUCGCCUCAAAGGUGCAGUGUUUUUUUAAAAUGUGUAACUGACAUGUGUGAAAGUAAUAUAAUUAAAAUAAAUAUAUUUGUUAUAAUGCA